CGUCGGCCCUGCACCACUCCCCUUGUCCGGGUUUCAAUUUGCUUGUGAUGCGCGGUGCCAAGAUCUUGAAACGACGACACACACGCAAGCACAACUCGCAUCUCGACCUAAUAACGCCUGGACCACGACAGCCUCGCCCCGUAAAUGAGGGAGACCCUGAUGACGGAGGUUAGACGCCGGUCAUCCGUGCUGAUAGAGACCUAACCGCCUGCUUCCACACGACGCCCGCCGUCGUGUACUCGAUUCCAACAUGGCGAUUGCUCGCCCUGUACGGGCGCUGGGGUUAGCGGCCGUGUUUAUGUGGUGCUUUUUCAUAUGGCAGAUCUUCAAGCCGACAGGUCGCCCAGUCAUGCCGGGCGGCAGUGGCUUAUCGUCGACUGAGAAAGACCCCAACUUAGAUCCUACCGGCGAGCCGGAGGGCAUUCUCACAUACGCGUCCGACAAAUAUGCGCCUGGUCCCGCUGGCACCGCGCGUAUUAACGCCACGCUGUUGGCCCUAGUACGGAACGAGGAGUUGGACGGCAUGCUGCAGUCGAUGCGAGACCUCGAGCGGACAUGGAACCACAAGUUCAACUACCCUUGGACGUUCUUCAACGACGUUCCUUUCACGGAAGAGUUCAAGAAGAAGACGCGCGCAGAAACGAAAGCCGAGUGCAGAUACGAACUAAUCCCCAAGGAGCACUGGGAGGUGCCGUCAUGGAUCAACAACGACCUAUACAUCGAGUCGACCAAAAUUCUCAAGGAGCAGGAUGUGCAGUACGCCGACAUGGUAUCGUACCACCAGAUGUGCCGCUGGAACAGCGGCAUGUUCUAUAAGCACGAAGCACUGGCCGACAUGCAGUACUACUGGCGCGUCGAGCCCAAGGUGCACUUCUUCUGCGACGUCGACUAUGACGUCUUCCGCUACAUGCAGGACAACAACAAGACGUAUGGCUUCACCAUCAACCUGUACGACGCGCCGCAGACCAUCCCGACGCUCUGGCCCGAGACGCUCAAGUUUAUCGCCGAGCACCCCGAGUACGUCCACGAGAACAACGCCAUGAAGUGGCUGACCGACAGCAAACGCCGCCCGGACCACAACACCAAGGCGAACGGCUACUCGACCUGCCACUUCUGGAGCAACUUUGAGAUUGCCGAUAUGAACUUCUGGCGUAGCAAGGCGUACGAGGACUAUUUCAACCACCUCGACAGGGCUGGCGGCUUCUUCUAUGAGCGCUGGGGCGACGCUCCUGUCCACAGCAUCGCUCUGGGUCUGUUUGAGGACUCGAAUCGCAUUCACUGGUUCCGUGACAUUGGGUACCAGCAUAUCCCCUUCUUCAACUGCCCCAAUUCGCCCAAAUGCAAGGGCUGCGUCACCGGCCGCUUCACCGAUGGCGAGGCCUGGUUACAUCGGGAAGACUGUCGGCCCAACUGGUUCAAGUUCGUGGGCAUGGGCUAAAACAAUUCCAACUGACUCAUUUCCACCUCCUUAUUUCUAUUUCCUCUGAGUUGGGAGAACGAGGCCGUCCCUUAGAACGUUGCGUGUGUUGAUGUGGGCAGGUGGGCAGGGUCUUGGACUAUCACAGCAUAUGGGAAAGGUUUGGCGCAACCGGCGGUUUCAAUUUCCCCAUAAACGAAUGACUCUGGGAGUGGUCAUGGCUUGGUGGGC